AUGAGCCGAUUUAAUAAAGCGGCCUUGGAGAUCCGAGACCUUAACCCUACUGUAGCUUUGCACCACCUUACCACCGCCUUGAAACCGGGACCUUUCGCCAACAGCGUCUGUAAGAAACCCCCAACUGAUAUGGAUGAUUUGCGUCGGCGCGCCGACAAAUACAUGCAAAUGGAGGAAUUAGCUGAGUUCCAUAAUCAAGCACAGGCAGAGAUUGCCGCCAAAGCCGAUAAGCCAGCCGAGAGCAAUUAUCGGAGCCGUCCUAAAGAAAUUCCCCGCGAAAAACCAACACGAGGACCAAGGUAUUCUCAUUACACCCCAUUGAACGCCAGUCGAUCUGCUGUCCUAGAUCAGGCACUCGCUUCAGAGGUUUUGGCAGUACCAAAACGAGCGUCAACCCCUCCACGCGCCGACACAACCAAGUCCUGCAAAUAUCACCGAAACCGAGGUCACUCAACUGAGGAUUGUGCGGCUCUUAAAGAUAAAAUCGAGGACUUAAUCAAGCAAGGGCAGCUUCAACGUUUUGUCGAUCGGCCCCGCUCUCCCAGACGCGAUGAUCACCGGCAUCGUGGGGAACAACAUGGCCGAGAGAGAUCUGAUAGGCACCCUCACAGGGAACGAAGCCGGUCGAGAGACCGAAGAGAAGUCGAGCCCACAACUCAACCCCGAAGGGUCAUCAAUACUAUUACCGGUGGAUUUGCGGGCGGAGGAUCCACCUCCUCAGCACAGAAGAGACAUCUACGAGCUGUCUGA